CGGCGGGCUCCGCGGGCCGCCGUUCGCUGAGGGGAGAAGCGCGCGGAGUUCGGUUUGCGGAGGAGGCCGGAAGGGAAGGCGGAGCCGCUGCCCAGCGUGAGCCCAGCCCGACCCCCCUCCCGGCCUUCCUUUUCUUAAAGUGUGAUUUUAAAAGUCUUUCUUUCCAGGGGCCUACGGUUGCCAACCUCCAGGUGAGGACUGGAGAUCUCCCGCUGUCACACUUUCUCUCUCUCCAGAUGGAUUCAGGUUUGCAUAAUAUGGACGAAGCAGCAGAUGACUUAAAAGAGGCUCUUCCGGAAUAUGAUAAUGAGUUCCUGCAGAUCCACGUAGAAGUUCAUCAGAAAUCAAACAGCACUGUGAAGCAAGAAGAUAUCAGGAAGAGUAUCCUAAAAUUACUAAACAGGCAUAACAUUGUUUUUGGUGAUUAUAAGUGGACUGAGUUUGAUGACGUCUUCCUAACAAAUAACGUGCACUCUGUUGCAGUUGUGGAUACAGAGUUAAAGCUAAAGGAGAGACAGCCUAUUAAUUUGAGUAUGUGCAAACUCGUCAUUCAUACUUUUCAACUUAACGAGGAAGGGCCCAGUACUGAACACGUGGAAGAAGAGAAUGAGUGUAUCACUGCGGCCAAUCACUGGGUGUUACCGACAGUUGAAUUUCAUGGUCUGUGGGAAAGCCUCGUUUAUGAAAAUGAAGUAAAAUCAAAUUUGCUGGAUUACGUGACCUCAACGUUACUGUUCUCAGACAAAAAUGUCAACAGCAACUUGAUAUCAUGGAACAGAGUUGUUCUAUUGCAUGGUCCUCCAGGAACUGGUAAAACUUCCCUGUGUAAAGCACUGGCUCAGAAGCUGACUGUUAGACUUUCAUAUAGGUACAGGCAUGGACAGUUAAUUGAGAUAAACAGCCACAGCCUCUUCUCUAAGUGGUUUUCCGAGAGUGGCAAGCUUGUUACUAAAAUGUUCCAGAAGAUUCAUGAAUUCAUUGAUGACAAGGACACCCUGGUGUUUGUGCUGAUUGAUGAGGUGGAAAGUCUCACAGCAGCACGUAACUCUGUCCGGGCGGGUACCGAGCCUUCCGACGCCAUCCGUGUUGUCAAUGCGGUCUUGACACAAAUUGACCAGAUCAAAAGGUUUCCCAAUGUCGUUAUCCUGACGACUUCAAAUAUCACGGAGAAAAUAGACAUGGCUUUUGUAGACAGAGCUGAUAUUAAGCAAUACAUCGGACCGCCCUCCGCUGCAGCAAUAUUCAAAAUCUACCUCUCCUGCUUGGAAGAACUGAUGAAGUGUCAAAUAAUCUAUCCUCGACAGCAGCUGCUGACGCUCCACGAGUUAGAGGUGAUUGGUUACGUAGAGAAUGACGUGUCAAAACUGAGUCUUGUUUUGAAAGAAAUUGCAAGGAAGAGCGAAGGACUCAGUGGCCGUGUCUUACGGAAACUUCCUUUUCUAGCCCAUGCACUUUACAUUCAGUCUCCUAAUGUUACAGUGGCCUCAUUCCUUCACGCUCUGUCACUGGUGGUGGACAAGCAAUUUGAAGAAAGAGACAAACUUUCAGAUUGUGUUUGAGGUUGGCUUCCCUCCUCCAUGUCGCCUUCUGUGUAUAGAACCUUUUGUGGAAUUACAUGGUUGGGAUGCUUGUCGUUUGUCAUGAUCUUUGGGGCUUCUUAAACAAGACUGCUAAAAAUUUUGGGUAAGGACAGUUUUGUUUUCCCCAAUAACAAUUAUCCUGAGUGUUUCUUAUGCAUCAAAGACUGUAUGAUUGAGCAAGUCUUCUUCCUUGAGGCUUUAUAUAUAUUGUUGUGCAAUUUCCACCAUGUCUCCUAUUUUUCCACUCUUUUUUAUCAUUGUAUUGGUAAGUUGUAUUAAAUGUUUUCUUCUGUGUG